UUUUUUGUGCAAUCGUAGUGCAAUAAUGUGCAACAGACAGCCGCGGCUUUGCACCCUCGUUUUUGCAGAUUAGCGCUGCGUUUCCGGCUAGGACGAACUCGUGUUUACGCUGCGACCCCCUUUUCCUCUUGACUUUGAAGCGGGAGGAGGGGGGUAAAAGGAAAAAGUACCCGUGAGUGAGGUCAGCAGCAUAGCAUGAGUCAACCUUGGGGAUGAAUGCAGUCAUCAUCGGGUGUCUGUAUGGUGCGGGCCUGCUGCUACUGCUGGCCGCGCGGAGCUGCGAGCGUGCGAUCCUGCGGGCUGAGCUGCUGUUAGUAGCAGCUUUCAUGACAAACACAGGUGUUGCCCAUGAAUGAGCAAAGCACGCGGACCACUUCAGCUCUUCUAGCCCCAGGCUGUCGACCUCUGAGUGGGUCACAAAGAACUUCAGAGGGAAAUAGGAGAUUAACUUUGCAACUGAAGUCAACAUAGUAUUCUAAGUUAAUUUUAAUGUGUGCUCCCUUUGAUUGUUGGAUUGAUUUAUUCAACAAGGGGAGCAUUUACAGCUGGAAAUACUCACCUGUCAUGAGCCCGUCAUGAGCGUGCCAGCCCAGCAAAAACCCAGCACCAAAAGAACUGGCAAACGUAUCACGUUCUUCAACGAACAAACUGUAGCAAUGAAAGAAGGUUCUCAGCACCCUGAGGGUUCCUACUACGCCCCAGGCGGAAACGCCUCAGACCCUGGACAGAGCGAGGCUGCAAGUACUGUUACGUCAAAUCCAGAGGGUCCUCAAAUGUACCUGAACUCUGUCAUCUUCAGCCCUGAUAAAGGAGACCAGAGCAGGGGUCACUAUCAGCAGACUGUGCCGAUGAAGUGGGCGCAUCAAGAGCCAAGUCAGCAGCCAUCUCUGUCCCAGCAGCAGAGAGCUUCCCCCUGGAAUGCUAUGUCAAACUGGGGACAAAACAUUGCUAAUUUCAUUGGAGGUGUUAAUGUAACGGACUCAAGGACCCAGAAUGCAUUUGUGAAGCCGAUGCAUGACACUUCUGGCUUACAGCCCCCUAACAGAGCUGCAGAAAAGCAGUCGAACUCUGCAGUUGAAGCAUACAGAGAUGCUGUUAAGGGUCGAGGGUUGGAUUGGGAGCAGCAGCAGCAGCAGCAGCAGCAGCAAUCCCAGGCUUUUCAAGAGACCUUGAAACCAGGUGCCCUAAACCCCCAGCAGCACAGUGCAUUACACCCUGGAGGAAGCUCGGUGUUGCAGCCUUUUCAGUUGGCCUUUGGUCAGCCCAGGCAGCACCUGCCAGCCUACUACCAGACAUUUCAAGGCAACCGGACAACCUUACCAAACCCACCCAUCUACUCAACACAAGCAAAACCCCCACUCCAGUUACAGCAGCUGCAGAAGCAAGAGCAAAUACAACGGCAGCAGCAGCAGCAACAACAUCACAUAAUCCAGCAGCAAAUUCAGCAGCAGCAGCAACAACUCCUUCAGCGUCAACAGCAUGUCCAGCAACAGCUACAGCAGCAGCAACAAAUAAAGCAUGAGCAGCAGCAACAAAAGAUACAGCAGCAGCAACAACUCCAAAUUCAGCAAAUGCAACAUCAGCAGUUGCAACAACAAAACCCCCAUGUGCUUGACUUUUACUCUGGUGCACAAAAUGCACAACCUCACCCGCAUUCACAGCCUGUGGUGGUACACUCCCAGGAGUCCUCUGUGCCCGCUCCCCCUAAGAUCCAGGAACCAAUCAUCCAGGACAUCACCCCAGAACCCCAGCAGCCGUCAGACCCACUGAAGCCCCCACUCCAGACUGAGCCCCUGACCCAGUCACAACCCCAAUCCCAAACGCAGCUACGCAGAUCACGGCGACUCUCAAAGGAAGGAGGGGCGCCGUCAGAAAACCCUUUUCUUUCUGUUUCUUCAGAUCAGGCGGCCUCGGGGGCACAAGGCUCCCAGAACGGGGCCCGCGACAUUCAGGCAGCUCCAACAGGCGUCAUCCAGAGCACACGCAGGAAACGCAGGAUCUCCCAGGAAGUCAACUUGGAGACCCUUGCUCAGAAAGCGUCAGAAAUGGAGUCUUUACCCUCACAUGUUGUAAAGCAGGAGCCUCACAGGCCUUGGAGUCCAGCUGAAUCAGACUCUCUUGACGCCAAACGACCCAGAGAUGAAAGCCUCCUUCCGCUUGUUAUCCCUGUAUCCGUCCCAGUACGACGGCAGGAGCCCUCAUCCCCUGACGGUGACGAAACAACCCCGGCCUCUCACUGGCCUCACAGGCCCACAAACCCCCAGGACCUGGGCCGCUCCGACCACAAGCCCUCGGUCAUUGUCACCAGGAGACGCUCACUUAGAAACUCCUUAUCAGACAGCUCAGAGCAGAAUGGAGCUGAUGGGGAGAGGGACGAUGAUGGCAAAAAGUCAAAACGACGCCCCCGUCCAGAGCCCCUUUUCAUCCCGCCGCCAAAACCUGGUCUAUUCAUUGCUCCUCCUGUUUACUCCAGCAUCACGUCCUACCAGAGCCACCUGCGUUCCCCUGUUCGCCUCGCUGACAACCCCCUCACCAUCCCCCCCUACACGCCGCCACCGAUCCUCAGCCCGGUUCGUGAAGGCUCUGGCCUUUACUUCUCCACUUUCCUGUCCUCGGCUGCAGCAGCUGCAGCGAGUGGGCAGGGCCUGCCGCCUCCUGCAACCCCCAAGUCUGCAACACGCAGCCUGUUGCGCUCCAACAGCUGCGACAUCACACCACCAGUUCUGUCUGCUAUGAGCGAGGCCACUCCAGUCAGCAUAGAGCCACGGAUAAACAUCGGGUCCCGAUACCAGGCGGAGAUUCCAGAGCUGAGGCAGCAGUCAGCUGUUGAGCUGGAUCAUCAUCGAGCAGAGCUGGUCUGGGCUCCACUUACUGAGCUGGAGGAGAAAAAGGAUUUCCAGGAGAAAGUGGAAAACCUCAUGCACCUGGCCUGCUCCAGUGUUUUUUGUGGAGGAGGCACCAACCAGGAGCUAGCCCACCAUUGUCUGUAUGAGUGCAAAGGGGACAUAAUGGCGGCGCUGUCACUUCUGUUGCUGAGGAAUCCAGUUUUUCCAAAGUCUCAUCAUCUGGCCAACUACCACUACUCAGGAUCAGACAGCUGGACUGCAGCUGAGCGACGCCAGUUCAACAAAGGCAUCACUGCAUACAAGAAGGACUUCUUCAUGGUGCAGAAACAGGUGACGACUAAAACAGUGGCACAGUGUGUGGAAUUCUACUACACGUACAAGAAACAUGUGAAGAUCGGCCGUAACGGGACACUUAUCUAUGGCGAGACUGAGCCUCUGGAGAGUAGGACUACAGAGGAGGAGACGAACCACAAGCAGGGCUCUCACAGAUUGGAGCCAAAGCAGGAGGAGGACAGCAGGAAGUGGGAAGGGUCAGCUGACAGGAAACCGGAUGUCGGUCCCACAAGGGUGACACACACGCUGCCGUCCACAGAGAAUCCUGGGACCGUCCUGAUUAUGAAGGGCCAAGAGGACACAGCCAGGGACCAGCCUCUGCCCCGGGUCAUCCACGCUCCACAUCCUCACCCUCCCAGCUCCAAAUCACGUUACGAUGGGAACGCCCCGCGUAGGACCAGCCCUUCAACAGGCAACAAAGGUGCCGCUGGCCAGGAGGGAGAGUUCCCUUGCAAGAAAUGUGGCAGGAUAUUUUACAAGGUGAAAAGCCGCAGCGCCCACAUGAAGAGCCAUGCAGAGCAAGAGAAGAAGGCGGCUGCACUGCGCCAGAAAGAGGCCGAAGAACGAGCAGCAGCAAAAGCAGCUGCCGAGGCCGCUGCCAUCCUCGCUGCAAGCCAACAGAACGGGACACGACAGAUGGGCGGGGACAGCACAAACGAAGACACAUCAGACGCAGAGGAUGAGGAUGACGAAGACUGGCAGUGAACGGAAAGGUCACAUACUCUGACUGCAACAUGCAGUCCCUCCUGUGAACUCGGUGUAAAUUCUGUGGAACAAGAAGACUUCUGUUGCUCGGCACAUUCAGGGACAGAUUGACUCCCAUGUUUGUGUCUGUGAGUGUGUGGACUGAGUGUGUGCGUGUGUGUAUCAAACUCACCGACGCCCCCUUUACUCUGCUUGAAAAGCUUUUCAGGAGUUACCUCUCUUGGUCACAGGGCUCUGUCAAAUCAAAGCCAUGCCGCCUCUCUCGGCACCAUCAUGCUGUCCUCGCCAGGCCGCAGCCUUCCUCCUCAGCACUUCAAGUCUCACCCUGUGUCCUUUGACGGGCGAGGGACUUGUUGGAGCCCCUUUUGUACGUCUUUCUCAAUGAGCCACAGCAUGCACUCUUUAGCUGCAUCCCAUCCGGAUGAAGUUGAUUUGUAGGCUGAAAUCUGACAGCCGGUGGAGGCGCGGGCUGUUAGAUUCUUUGCGGAUUGUUCCAGAUGGAUGAUGGAUGGAUGGAUGGAUCGAUGGCAUGUGCAAACUGUUGCCUUUGUUCCACCGCUCCUCUGCACUCAAGGCUGCCAAAAGCUUUCUCUUCUCAGUCGCAUGAUGUGCACCAAAUGGGUUCCCCUCUUUCUCUGUGAGUUGUUGUUCUUUUGGGCUUUAGUUCUGUGAAUCCCCCUUCAGCCCCUCGUCACUUUUUAUAGUUUCAAGUUUGUUCCUUCACUGUUGAUGCCUUGGAUGUUUUGAUGCUUUCUAUCUUGAAAAAUGACAAUCAAUUUUACACUGUUGUUGUUGUGUUUUUUUAUAAGUAUCUAUAUAUGCAGGUAACGUUACUUUUUCUGCCUGUGUAGCUAUAUAUGGUUCUUGUUGUUUUUGUGAAUAUUCUUGUUGAUGAUUAUUAAUAUUAUUAUUAUAUUCUGGUUUUGGCUGCAAUUGAAUUGAGCGCUUUCUGUACUUGUCAUUUAUUAUUAUUAUUUUUAUUUAAACUAAAUCAAAAAUAAUGCUACCCGCUGCCUGUUUAUAACUGUGAGAUUUUUUUAGAAAGCCAGACAUGAAGAAAAGACAGAAAUGUAUGUGCAAUAGAACAAGUUGUUACCUAAGCGUCAGAGCCCUCCCUCCCUCUCUCCUUCAUUCUUACGGCUGGCUGCUCUGGAUGCCUCCCUGUCAACCCUGUGACCUUUAGGAGGUACAGACCCAGACUGUUGAAGCUGCAGGUCUCUAUAGAUACACAUCACAGAGAGGGCAAAGAAAACAAUCAGUGUUGACUUGUUCAGGACACUUUUUAGAACCCCGACAUCAGAGCCAGGGUCACAUUUUGUACUAUCUUUCAAAAAUAAUAGUUUGCCGAUAGGACUGCAAAACAAAUUUAACCUGGAUUUUGCAAGUUUUACAAAAAGAUCUAAAAGGUAGUCCCCUCUUUUUAAAACACAUAUCAAAAUCUGUGAGUUUAAGGAACCCCUAAUUAUUAACUUUUUCAGACAAAAACGUACAACUAAAGUAUUUACUGUUAGCAACAAUCAGGCACUGAAUGAAGAGAAUUAUUUUUUCACUGUUGGUCAGACUUGACCUUAGUUUUACAGGUUUUACAACGAGAUUUAAAUGGAAGUCCUAGGCCCUACUUUUUAAAAAUGCGUGUCAAAAUCUAUGGUUAAAGAUUACUUAUUUAAGGAAACCCUUGUUAUUUCCCCCCUUUUUCUGUAAACAUGCCAUUACAGUAUUUAGUCUUAACAACAAUCAGGCACUGAGUGAAGAGAACCAUUUUUCACUGUAAUCCAAACUUAACCUUGAUUUUGCAGGUUUUACAAGUUUAAAAGGCAGUGGCAAGACAUACAUUUGCCCUGAAAACAUAUCAACAUUCAUUGUGUAUGGUCUCUCAUCUAAGCUCAAGGCAAGCUUCUAUUUAUUCUCAGACUGUGAAAAUGCCCCUAAGCUAUUUACUAUCAACAUCAAUCUGGCACCGAGUGAAGAGAAUCAUUUUUCAGUGUAUGCCAAACUUACCCUUUAUGUUGCAGGUUUUACGAGAUUUGAGUGGCAGUUCCAAGCCCUUCUUUUAAAAACUCGGUAUCAAAAUCUAUAGUUAAAUAUCACUACCCUAUGUUUAAGGAAAGCCUUAUUAUUUACCCUUUUUUAGACUGUAAAAAUGCCAGUACUGUAUUUACUGUCAGCAACGAUAAGGCACUGAGUGAAGGGAAUCAUUUUUCACUGCAUUCCAAACUUCACCUGGAUUCGCUGGUUUUACUACAAGAAUGUUUGAAUGCGUAAAUAUACAAUGUAGUAAGUAUUGUACUUGGUUGUAACUUGUUUGAGCCAAGUGUAUUUUGAAGCUCAGCAAAAUUCAAACAGACUGACCUCAAGAGAGGCAAAAUCAACUCCACUUCUGCAGAUUUUUGCAGGGGAUUUUGAUUUUUCGUUUCAACUCAUAGUUUCAAAUUUAAAUCCAAGUGCUACUAUCUGAUAAUACAAAAUGUACCUCCCCAUUGAAAAAUACAUAUCAUGAUAAAAUGUAUACAUCAGUCAUUCUCAACUGGAAUAUUUUCAGACCCACUGGCACAUUCGUAUUGAGAUACUUGAAACUGUGACACAAAUUCUGAAAUUUUUUAGCCACUCAUAAAAAAUGUGAAGUUUGAUUCUUAAACUGAAGAAAAGGGAGCGGGGAUGAAAUGUCAUUUCAGCUCUGUUGCUUUGUGCAAGGAGAACUAUGCUUUUUGUUUGUUUACUUUUUCAUUCUGAAAUCGCAGCAUGAAAAUGCUCUUCAUCACACAUCUUGUCCUUUCAUUAAAAGCUUGGUAUGGACUUGUUGCAACAAUUUCAUCCUAGGCACACACAUGUGACCCUUUUACAAUGGCUUUGCUACCCACUUCAGGGUCCCCUUGUAUACAAUAUUCUGUCUCAGAGGCUAACUUUUGUCUGAGUGGAAUUUAUUUUACAUUGCAAAUUCAAUCAACCAGGCCAUAAAGGAACAGAACUAUUUAUUUUGCAUAAACCAAAUAUCACUCCAUUUUUGCAGGUUUUUGCAAUGGGAAUGUGAUGCUUCAGUACGUCAUAUUUUCCAAAAUUACUGGAAAAUAUUAAUCUGUUGACAAGAAUAUAACAGAAUAUACCACAUACAGUAUUCUAACUACUUAGAUCUUUCGUCUGAGUGGGGUUUAAGUUUAAUUUGCUGCAAAAAUACAAGAUAUUCUGAUGCGUCAAUAUGAAAUUUUUCACUCUUAAGCCCAAAAUUGAUUAAAUAUGACAUGAAACUGCAACCACAAAAUGAGCUGAAAUUUUUUUUCCCCUUAGAAGUAGUUAUGAUGAUAAAUGACAUACAGUAUUACUAUAACCCAGACAUUUAUGUGUCCUAACCUACAAAAUUCAAACAAAGCAUAAGAAAAACAGAACCUUCUUUUCAAAUAGAGAAGACUUCACUUUUAAGAUGUUUGCAUGGGAGUAGGAUCUUAACACAACCUUUAUUUUAGACUGAAGUCCACACAGGUGAAUCUGUUGACACUAAAUUGGAACCUUCAUAAUAUUAUAAUACUUAAUAGUAGCAUAUUGCAGCAUGAAAAGCAUCAAACAACCUUCACUUUGUGACUCUGCUGUAAACAAAGGGCUCCAAAACUGCCUUGGAAUACUGUCGACUAUUUCAAUGAAAAAAUGUUGAAAAUUUAGACUGUUUCCUACAUAAUGAGGUGCUUUAAAAAUAAUUCAUAUCCUUUUAAGUAAGACAGACUGUCUUGAUGUUAUUAAAGGAACCAUAUUUCCCCUGUAAAACCCAAACUUAUCCAUGGUUGACACUUUUUUCUCUGUUUACCUUGUUGCUGAGAACAGCAGAUUGUGGAAACCGCAUGUUUUGAUCUGUUAUCUCUUCAUAUCUCUGUGUUAAUCCCUUUGGCCCAGAGCCAGCUUCUUUUGCCAUAGCAACAAAGGGUUAUUUUCCGUUAAAGGAUGAACCACAGAGGGGAGUUUUGGCUGGAGGAGAGGUUGUAGGGGUGAAACAGCUCUGGUUACUCCACAUGUUUGAACCUGGCUCUAUGCACAGACUGUGUGUGCUUGUGUGUGUGGAUAUGCUGUUAAAUGUGUGUGAGUGGUUUAAGGUUAAAUGUUAAGCUCUACACCAGUCAAUGAAAAAAAAGAUUUGCAGACUGUUCACAUGUUUGAUAUGUUAAUUUAUAUUUCCUUUUUAUUUGGGUUUGUCUUGAGGUUCUUGGGGGGAGCAGGGGGAAGUUGUCCUCGUUGUGAAAAGAUGUUUUGAGAUGAAAUCGAGGAGGCCACGACACAAACACGCAGCUGUAAUUUUUCCUCAUCUCAUCCAGUUGGUUAAGGGAAUUUUAAGGGGACAAAAGGUUUAUUUAGCUAAAGAUUAGAAAAUAUAUAUGAAUGAAAUUAUAUGUUUGCAUACUUUCUAUGCUAUUUUCAUAUGGGGUUCACACUAAAUGAUGAAAACAGAAAGGAAUCUCAAGUGCUUUUUACUACAGUGUAACUUAUUUGUUUCCAUUUGAUUUUUACCACUUGUGUUUUUAGUAAUGAUUUAUGAAGCACUGUAUAUUAAAGUUUUAAAAUAUUCAAAAACUUUGGAGUGUUUUUAGCGACACAUCAGCUUUCCAUUCCUCUUCUUCAUUUCUCUACAUUUUUGUUCUUUGCUAAUAACAACAGAUGUUGAAAGUGAGACAUUGUACCUUUUCGUGAAAAAUAUAAGCUCAUUUUGAAUUUGAUGACAGCAACAUGCCUCAAAAAAGUAGGGGUGGUGCACUAAAAGGCUGGAAAAGUAAGUGGUACUAAUGAAAAACAGCUGGAGGAACAGUUUGCAACAAAUUAAGUUAAGUGGUGACUGAUCAGUAACAUGAUUGGGUAUAAAAGGAGCAUUUUAGAGAGGCAGAGUCUCUCAUAAUUAAAGAUGGGCAGAGGUUUGCUGAUCUGUGAAAAAAAUGCCAAAAAAUUGUGGAACUAUUUCAGUAAAAAAAUUUCCUUAAUGUAAAACUCUGAAGUCUUUGAGUUAGUGCUGUUAAUAGAUUAAAGAAUUAAUUAUUUAAAUGCAGUAAAUCACAUAUAUUGAUCAGUUGAAAAAAGAUUGCAAUACUAGUAACAAAAAACCAGAAAGGACAUCCUUCUGAAUGUUAUCAUAACUUUCUACUAGGAGAAACAGAAGUGAGGGCAGAGGGUAGAUUGCCUACUUAUUAGUC